AUGAGAGUAACCAAGAUGAGCCCAUGGAGGAGGCUGAGCCACAAGAAGAGGAGGAUGAGCUCCCCAUGUACCAAGAGCACUACAAUGCUCUCUUCUCCAUGGACUUUGUGGAAACCAAAAUACCCACAUGAUGACACAAUGAGGGCUCUUGGAAUCUUUGAGGAUGUGGAGUUAGUCCUUAAGAACAUGCGCUUGGCCAAGUUCUUCUCUCAUCGCAUGGAGUCAUACAAGGAGCUCACUUGUGAGUUUGGCAUCGAUGAGGUACCACAAGUAUGA